AUGACCUCUCCCACUAAUUUUGAUACCGGCAUGUCCCAAGAUAGUGAAACUCACAACAGUAACAACUCUGUAAUCUCAUCUUUAGAACAAGAGUUUGAAGAAAAGUUUCCUAGUUUUGAGCAUGUUGAAAACACUGGAGUAAACAAUGACAGUGACAACUGGGGAACUGCGAUUUCUUCACCCCAAAAUCCACAAAACAAUUCCUCUCUUUCUCCCUCCACACCACAUACUCCUCCUUCUCUUUCUUCCUCUUCUUCUUCCUUUUCCUCACCUUCAGAUUCCUCUGCAAACGGUGGCAUUCCUGAGUCUUGGAAAAAUGUUGCCCCUCAAAGUUCCGAAAUGGACUUUAUGUUUGGUCGACCUCCUCUUAUUCGCCGUGACGCUUCUCUUAAAACUCCUACCCAACGUCAGUACCGGUUUGGAACCCGCCCACAUGAGGCUUUACCCAAAUCAAUUACUUCUUUCCAAGCACCAGCCUCACCAUUCCGCAGACACCAUGCCAUGACUCGACCACACGAGCCUUUCCCCUUCACUUCUUCUUUUGAAAAUAAUAGCAAUGUCAAUUCGCCUCUACGUCAGUCUCAGUUGAUGGCUCAUCUUCAUAAUUCUUUGUCUCCCUUGGGGUAUAACAAUAACAAUAAUGGUAUUUUGAUGCCUCUCCCACGUUUGGACCAGCCAUCAUUGGUAGUUCAUAAUGAGCCUCCACCAGCUCCAGCUCCUUCUCCUGAGCCUAGGAAAACCGAAGUUAGAAUCCAUUCUGGAUUCACUCGCCGCUCAGAUGAACGCCGCGGACGACCAUUGCGCGAAGAUGAGCUGGGAAACCCUUUGCCCGAAGGCUACACUUUAGAACAGUUUUUGAGUGAGCGCAGUGAGCUCCGAUGCCCAUUCCAAGAGGCGUGGCAUAAUGCCGAGAGUAUUUCAGAUAUUGGGUUUGCUCCUGGUGAAUUUGUAUCUCAGCAGUAUCCUCCUGUGUCUAUGGAGAACGUUGAAAAUAAACAGGAGGAAAAAAGAGAAGAAAAUAAACAGGAGGAAAAAAAAGAAAAAAAUAAUAAGGUGGAAAAAAAAGAAAAAAAUAAUAAGGUGGAAAUGAAAGAAAAAGAAGAAGAGCAGGACAGUGAUGAAAAUGAUGAUAGUAUACCAAUAUUGAUUAGUAAUUUGGUAAAAUGUUUUGAGCGAAUUUUUUCUGAAGAUGACUCUGACAAUGAGCCUGUACCUUUCCGUGAGUCUGAGGAAAAUUGUGAUGAAAAGUUUGUGUCAUUAGAUGACUCUGAAGAUGAGCCAAAUCCCAUAAACAACAUAGUAAAAGCCCGACGCAACUUUUUAUCGGAGGGUGUUGAUGACGACUCUGAGGACAAUUUUGAGGGCGAUUCUAAUAACGAUCUUGAUGAAAAUUCUGACGUUGAACCCCUGCCUGUUGCUAGCGAGGCAGAAAACUUUGACGACAAGUUUGAACGAUUGGAAAAUUCUGAUACUGAUGAUAAUAAUGACAAUUAUAUGUCACUUAGUGAGUCUGGGCAAGCGGAUGGUGAAGAAGAAGAGGUUGAAAGCUUGUGGACAAUUAGCACUUUUAGAACUGAUAUGUGGAGCAGCUCAUCUUAUAGCAGUGAAUCUGAUGAAAAUGAUUCAUCUAGUAAUUCAAGUUCUGAAGAAGGAAAUGGACAUGAUCAUUCUUCAUCAUCAGACUCGGAUACGCGGAGUGAUACUGAUUCUGGAAGGUCUCAAAUGGAUUCUGGAGGUAGCACGCAUUACAUUAGUAGCGAGCCAUCAUCGGUACCAUCAUCUGAAGUGGGGUCCAUUUCUGAAAAUGGCGAGAUGAAUGGUGAGACAGUAUUAGAUACUGAUGAGUUUUCUCGUGGGAUGAAUGAAGAAGAGUUAAUUCCUUUGAGGAUUUUCCCCGGGUUUAACUUGGAAUUAUUGUUGAGCCGCACGUUGAUGACGCCCAUCAUGCAACAACACUUUAUAUUUGGGGAGGAGUUUGGAGUUGAGCAUCCAUUUAUGAAGGCCUUGACCAAGGCUGGGAAAUUUGUUUUUGCUCAAAGUUUUACGUUACCUUCAAAUUGGCGGGUUGUGAUUGAAGAGGUUGCAGUUACAGUUAUUGAAGACAUGAAGGAAAGAUCGAUGCCCAAGCGGUGGAAGCGCGAUAACACCAAGCGACUUUUUUACCAAACAAAGGGCAAUAUUGCAAGUCAAUGGUUUUUUGUGAGUGUUGUUGCCAAAGAGCUUGAGGAAAAGUAUGAAUAUGAAGAUCAAGAGCGAGAGCGAGAGCAGAAGCAACAAGUGAAGAUUAAAAUGCAACAGUCCGAGGCUAAGAAGUGGAGUUUGAAUCCAAUGGUUGUAGGGCAUGCCAAUGUUAUUGUUAAUGAACUUGAGAGAAGAGAAAAAAAGGAGCAUAAGGAUUGGUGUGCAUUGAAUGGAUUAAAUAGACGUCGGAUGACCACUUAUGUGACGAUGCCCACUGUAGGAAUUUUGGGUCAAGGAUUGACGCGGUAUCCUGAUUUGGCCAAUUGCCAAGACGUUCGGAUUAAGGAGCUUAGUCUAGAGCUUUACUGGGAGGAUUACCCCAUGGUAAAGGAGAUUGAAGAGCGCCGGGCUGCAAAGGAGUAUGAGGAAGAGUAUGGAGUUGCUCCUGGGAUGUACAAUGCGAUUUGGGAGCAAUAUGAAAGGUUGGGGGGAGUAUCUGAUAUGGAAGAAGUUAUUAAAAAGAAGAAGAAGAAGGAAAAGUAUGAAGAUUGGAGGCGUCCGGGUCGUCGUCGUCGGGACAAGUUGCGUCGGUUGUUUUCAUGGCAUCGUCGCACGACCCGGUUUGAUUAUUAA